AUGGAGAAGAAGGGAAUGAAGGAAGAGAUGGAGACUGAAGAUAGGCUGCCAUCACGCAAAGAAUCUUGCAAUACAUUUUUGAAGGAUCUAUUCGGUUCUGAGGAGGUGGCAAGAGCAAACUGGUCCAAUAAGACUUGGAACCUGUGCGAGUGUCAUCAAGUCCGCGCAUUAAAACUACGGAGGCCAUGCAUUCCAACCGUGUAA